AUGCAACCACGCCGAAGCACGCCGCGCAAGGCCCGCUCCGAGAGCGUGGAGAGUUCUGUUGAGCCGCCUGCGCCGAAAGCAAAAGACACUCCCCGUCGCGGAGGCCGUGGUGGAAAGCAAGCAGCGUCCAAGGCCGCAGACACCCCAACAAAGAGCCCUGCGCGCCGCGGACGCCCGCCAAAAAGUGCCAAGAAGGAGCUUGCACAGCGUGUUCAUAUAUUGCCGACGCGCACAAACCCCCGUCUGGAAGAGGUCAAGUCGCGUCAAGUGAAGCUGCAGGUCAUCCGCCGCGAGGACAAGUGCGUAGACCGCGUCACUGACCACAGGGAAAUCAUUAUUGGGCGGAUCAAGCUGCCUACUGUGAACGGAGCCGAGCAUGGGUUUCUGCUGAAGCGCUUUGAUACGAAUGCAAUUGCCGGAUCGUCCAUGUUCCGCCUCGCGUUCCCCUUUGCGGACACGGAGCAGGAGACUGCCGAGAUGGCCUACCUUGAGUCGCGCUUCGACACCGACGUGGCCAACGGCGGUCUUGUUCAUCUUCCCCGCGGCCGUGGGCGCAAGGCGGACACGGACACGCCAAAAAAGGGAGCGCUCCCUCCGGGCUCCACGGGCGUCCGGCUCCAAGGCGUGUGGAUCCCAUGCCAACAUGCCUCGUCCAUCGCCGAGGACUAUGGCUUGCUCGAGCUUGCACAGCCGCUCUUGGACGCUACCGCAGUCCUGCUGCCCAAUGACGACACACCGCUGCUUAACCCCGACCCCGAGACGAUCGCGCUUGCAGCCCACGCUGAUGCUUCUCUAAGCACACCCGCGCGCCAAGUAAAGCGCGCUCGCGUCGCAUCGGCAGCACAGCGCGCUGCCGUCGAAGACAGCAUGCUGUCCUCGACGCCGAUGCAGGCUGCCAAGCAGCUGCUCGGCCCCAACACGCCUGCAUCCCCGUUACGGUCGAGACGCACUGCCUUGCGCCACGAGCAGGCAGAACAGCUCGAUGCCGACGACCUGUCGAACAUGACUGCGUCGCAGAUUGAAGAGCAGAUUCGCGCCGCAAAGGAUCUCGCUGCAGAGAUCACCGCGGACGCCGCUGCUACACCGGCGUCGGGCAAGCGCGCAUCAAAGCGCAGGGCCGAGGAGGAGCUUGAAGGGGGUGUUCAGGUCGCUACUCAGCAAGCGCACCGCUCGCGUCGUGCGCCACUUGUGCGUGCUGCAGGCGCGCUGACUGCUGCGGGCGCGUUUGGCGUCGGUGCAGCGGCUUGGUACACAGGCACGCUUAAUUUUACGCAGGCUCUGCCUGCUGCGAUUCAGCAGAUGCAGCAGCUCGAUUAUUCCAGUGCUGUGCAAGCGAUUCAACACAACAUCCAGAGCUGGGCUACCCUUGCGCCAUGGUUUUCAGACAUACCAACGAUUGUAAAGCCACAAGACGAGGGUGUACAGGAGCAGGGCACGACGCUGCCCACGUUCCUGCUUACGCCGCCGCCGCCGCCGCAAACAAGCGUGCCCGCGCCAGACAAGAGCGUGGUGGGCUCGCGUCGUGCGCCUGAUGCGGGCAACGCAGCGCCCCUUGAGCUGCCGAAAAGUGCGUCUAUGGACGAGGCGGCCGGUGCGCUCGCCAAGCUUGCCAAGCUGGAGCGCGCGCGCACGCAAAAACGCGUAUGGAAAAAAUGGAUUGGCGUUCAAGCAGCGCACGACAUUGGCGUUCGGAUCCAAGCGGAUCGUAUAGAGGGAGAAGAAGAAGAGCAGCGCGCAUUGGCAAAGCAGCUGGUCAAUGCUCACAUUGACUUGUGUGUGCCGCAAGCGUGCGCAGACCACGCAGACCGCACCGAGAUGCCGUGCACGAUCUCCACUCCCCAGACGCCCGAGAUGGGUCCCACCAGCACCGAUACGCUGGAGACGCUCGCCUCCUCGCGCGGCCCACGAACCCCGCCGCGUGCGUGUGCGUAUCCAUACACCGAUCCCGCCUCCCCCGAUCGGCAGCCUCUGGAUGCGCGCAGGAAAACACCGCCGCGUCUUGUCCAGCCGAGGCCCACCCACACGAUUCCGCCGGAGCUGCUCACGAAAGACUGGGACGAUAGCCGAAGCUCUUCGUCCUCGCAAAAUGCUGACGAGGCUGCGGACUCGGACGCGUCUAGCUACGCGGGCGACGAGUCGCUUGAGGAUAACAACCGCCUGAACUUGGAGCACGGCCAAGCGAUGACCAACAAGCAGAUGCGCCGCCAAAUGCGCCAUAUGCGCAAGCACGGCGAUACGGGCGAGUCGCGACAAAUACGGCAGCUGCGCGACCAAGUCUUGCACGGCCUCCAGUACGGGUCCAAGACGCAACGAACGCAGCGCGCCAUGGUGCGCUACACCCCGAAUACAGCGGGCGCUGAGUCGGGCCUGUUGGACAGCGAGACGGCCAACCCAGACGUUGAUCUCGGCGCGCAGAGGACGCCGUCGCCUUGUCAAGCACGCGCGGAGGAAUCACCACAGCAAGACCGCCCGUCCCGCUGGCAGCGGCGGCAGCGCAAGGCGUGGGACAAUGCGCCGUCUGUUUCCGACGCCAUAUCCACGUCGUCGGCCGUGGGAUCGACAGCGCCUACGGCUCCGACGUGCGCCACGUCCGAGCGUGUUCCCAUCUCGCACAAGACCGAGCUUGUGUACGAUAUACUCCACGAAAACCAGCGGGGCAUUGUGCUUUUCGGGAUCAAGAAGCACUUCAGUUCCGAGGUUUUGUUCGUCACCGACCCCUCGCCGUGGACCGACGCGACUGGCGCCAAUACGGCGCUGGAUACGACCACGAUGCAAGUCCCGGACCCCUCCUGGGAGUGGGUCCAGCCGUUUUGGAUGGUGGACAUGACCGGCGAUACCGACGAGGACGGCUGGCAGUACAGCGGCUCCUUUACCGGCCUCAAAGUCUGGCAGCGUUCCAUCCACUUUUCCCAUUCUCGUGGCCCUUCGAGCUGGCUCUCCAAGAUGUACCAAGCAGCGCGCAAGCAGUCAGCACGCAGCGAAGCCAAGCAGCGCGAUAAAGAGGCGAGCAGGCCAGACGAAGGCGUCGAGGCUUUGAUGCGCUCGGUUCGUGUGCGUGGCGUGCACUGGCACGGUGUGCCGUCGAUGUGGACCUUUGUGCGCCGCCGCCGCUGGGUGCGCCUGCGGAAACGGUGCGUGCCGGUUUACGAGGAGGAAGAGGCGGGUCCGCACAUGCCCGAUAAGCGCGACGUUCCUGCCAAGAACACCGCCCUUUCUUUGCGCGCGCCCAGCGCUUUUCCCGCGCCCAUCGAACAGGGCGUGUACGAUAUGAUGCACAUGAUGCACAUGCUCCUCCCCUUUUUCCUCCUUUCGCCUGCACAGACAGCGGAAAUACUGGCGAGCGAGGAUGCGACGCCCCUUUACAAGUCGCAGGCGUGGGAAAUUCACUUUGCGCGCAUCAUUGAGGACGAAAUGCACGUACAGAACCCCUUUUUGUCCUAUAUAUGGGCGCUACAGGAGCUGGAACGAGCCGAUCUUGCGAAUGUCACCGCAGACGUGCGUGCUUCCGAAGUUGCGUACCGCCGCGCCUGCAUGAAACAGCCGCGCAUCCAGCAACUUUGUUCCGACAAGGUGGAAGACAUUGCGGGGGUGGACGAGCGGCAGCGCUCGCUGGGCGCACUCCUGCCGCCGCCGUUAUACCCACGCGACGCACUGAUCCUUUCCUCGCGUCCUGCUGGCCAGCGUGUCCGCCACAGUGGCAAGCGCGAAGACAGUCGCAUCUCGCUCAUCCGCGAGGCCAUUGUCGAGCGCAACGUUAAUGUUGCGAUUCAAAUGAUGAAACUAUGCCCGCUCGACCGGCUAAAACUUGAUCUCUGGUACGUAUGGCUCGGCGUGGUCGCAGUCAGCGAGCUCUCCCAGGGUGGCGAACGCGACGCCGGCGGACCCAUCACGGUGGUUCAACACGCGUUUUACCGGCGGCGCGCGCGGAAGCGGCGCUAUGCUCGCAAAGCCGCCCCCGCGUUCUCCGCCUUGCAGGAACGCACGCUGCGUGCCUGGAUCCGGGACUAUACCCAAUCAUCUACCCACCUCUUGGACGUUUGGGAUAUUUUGGUUGCCCAUCUGCACGAGAUUGUCAUGAUGUUCGAUCAUGCGCCGUCGCGACGCUCGUUUCUGGUCAUGGUGCAGCGCAUCAGCCACCUGGAGUUCUCUCACGUGCCCCAUGCCGGGCAAGCCUUGCCGCAGGAUACGCGAUGGCGGCCCGUGCGCUCAGGCAAGUACCCCACAGGCGCGACGCUCGGCCCGACUGUCGACGAGCGUCUUUCGCGCAUAGAGACCAUGGCGGAACAUCUGACCGAAGAAUUCAAAGAGGCCUUCUCUCUUUUUGACAAGGAUGGAGAUGGCUCGAUUACUACCAAAGAGCUCGGUACUGUAAUGCGCUCUCUGGGCCAAAACCCGACCGAAGCGGAGCUGCAGGAUAUGGUCAACGAGAUCGAUGCGGACGGCGACGGGACCAUCGAUUUUCCCGAGUUCUUGACCAUGAUGGCGCGCAAGAUGAAGGACACAGACAGCGAGGAGGAGAUUAAGGAGGCAUUCAAGGUGUUCGACAAAGACGGCAACGGCUUUAUCAGUGCUGCGGAGCUGCGCCAUGUCAUGACGAACCUGGGCGAGAAGCUGAGCGACCAAGAGGUGGAGGAGAUGAUUCGCGAGGCGGAUACCGACGGCGAUGGCCAAAUCAACUACGACGAGUUUGUCAAGAUGAUGAUGAGCAAGUAA